AUGGACACGAAAAAUUCGCAAGAAUCGAGGCCUAAUUUUUUUCGCCGUAAAUUACCGAAAAGUUGUGUGGAUUUUUCGAGUUCGGAAGGCAAAAAACUUUUUACUGAAAGUCUUCUUUCUGGUUAUGCUAAUAUAUAUUUCAAAUUGGCCGCUCAGUUUUUGACUCAAGAAGAACCCGCUUAUUGUGGCAUAUCAACUUUGGUUAUGGUACUGAACGCAUUGGAUGUCGAUCCUGGUAAAAUAUGGAAAGCGCCUUGGCGAUUUUAUCACGAAACUAUGCUUCAAUGUUGCGUACCUCUGGACAUUGUUAAAAUCAAAGGAAUAACAUUACCACAGUUUUAUUGUUUGGCAAAAUGUAAUAGACUUAAUGUUGAUCUACAUUAUGGUGACAUAUCAGCAGGUGACAUAUCUGUUAAUUUUUUAACUAUGUUACGCGAAGAUGUAAAAAAGUGCGUGGCAUCGGAUGAUAUGAUAUUAGUUGUUAGUUUUGACCGAGCAACCUUGGGACAGACUGGAACAGGUCAUUUCUCACCGAUAGGUGCUUAUAAUGAAACUUCCGAUGAAGUGCUUAUCAUGGAUGUUGCCAGAUUUAAGUAUCCACCUCAUUGGGUUUCUUUAACUUUGCUUCAAAAGGCAAUGUUACCGAUUGAUGAGGCCACUAAUAAGUCUCGAGGAAUGUUCUGCGAAAUAUGUAUAAACGAUUCUCAAGACUGUUGUCUAAUGACUAAAUUGAAUAGCUGUUGUCAAGAAAUUUGUCAAAAUAUUCAGUCGCUAGAAAUUGCCAAAUUUAUGAAUUCAUCAGCUAUUAUCGCUCUUCUUUUAUCAUGGCCUAUCCAAUUAAAUUCAAAACGUUCUAUUUUUUUGGUCGAUUAUCUUCAAGGAAUAUCGAAAACUCUUGAUGCUGCUUCUCAAAAUGAAAUCUUUCUCCUCAAUUCACAACUCAAAACUCUUUUAUCCAUGCGAUUAUCUAUUCCAAAUUGUUGA